GGGCGGCGCGUGCUAGGGAGGGGGACGUUUUCCGAACGAAUGCAAAUGACACAGACAUCUCGGCAGAAGGGGAACGUUAACGGCUAUAUUUUGACAAUAUAAAAGGUGAAGUGAACAGUUCUUGUGUUGAAAUGAGCCUCGGCGUGGAGCAGGAACUGUUGGCCCCUAGUUCAGUCCCAGAGUCUAAAAACUGUGCGAUGGCUGAGCCUGACGUAAAUGAGAUCAUAACAGCCAGUAUGUUGGAAGAGGAAAGGCAACUGGAGAAGGAAGGACAGGAGGAGGAGAGAAAGCUGAUGCAGCAGGCCAAAAUGUUCUGGGAAAAGGACUCACGUGAAAUGCGUUAUAAGCGAUUACAACACUUACUAGAGAAGAGUAACAUCUAUUCGAAGUUCUUGUUGACAAAGAUGGAGCAGCAACAGUUGGAGGAGCAGCAAAGAAAAGCAAAACUCGAAAAAAAGAGAAAACUGCUGGCUUCAACUCAAGUGGUGAAAGGGGACAACCAGCCAAUACAAGAAACUGAAACAGAAAGCAAUAUGAAGAAAAGAGGAAGAGAAGAAGAAACAUACAAUCUAUCUGAUUACAUCAGUAAGGAGGACAUUUUGAAAAGGGUCAAAAAGGCUAAAGCAGAUGAGAAUGGGGAUACAACAUUUCCCAAAAAACUUGAAGCUGCAGAUAUUGAGAAAAGCCAAGAUUCCAAUUUUGCUAUCAAAGAUCGACUAGCCCAGACUGUGCGCCAUAACUCUCAGCAUCUCCUGGAUCCAGUAAGGAAAGUGAAUGGUCAUGCAGUUCCGUAUCAACAGCCCAAACUCUUCACAGGAGGAGUAAUGCGGUGGUACCAGGUGGAGGGAAUGGAAUGGCUUCGGAUGUUGUGGGAAAAUGGUAUUAAUGGGAUUCUGGCUGACGAGAUGGGUCUGGGGAAGACUGUCCAGUGCAUUGCCAUGAUAGCCAUGAUGGUGGAUCGAGGAGUCCCAGGGCCUUUCUUUGUCUGCGGUCCUCUGUCUACUCUCCCAAAUUGGGUAUCCGAGUUUAAGAGAUUCACACCAGAGAUUCCUGUGCUGCUUUAUCAUGGGAAUCAGAAAGAUCGUUUACAAAGCCUGCGUAAAAUCCAUAAACGACAAGGCUCUCUACACAUCUUACCAGUUGUCAUCACUUCUUAUGAAAUAGCCAUGAGGGACAGAAAACAUUUUCAGAACUGUCACUGGAAGUAUCUCAUUGUGGAUGAAGGCCACCGAAUCAAAAACUUAAAUUGCCGCUUGAUUCAGGAGUUGAAAAGGUUCAAUACUGACAACAAGCUGCUGUUGACUGGAACCCCUCUCCAGAAUAACCUGGCUGAACUCUGGUCACUACUCAACUUUCUACUGCCUGAUGUAUUUGAUGACUUGAAAAGUUUUGAGUCCUGGUUUGAUAUUACCAGCAUCACAGAAAAUGUUGAAGAUAUAGUUGCAAGUGAGCAGGAACAAAAUAUUCUGCACAUGCUUCAUCAGUCCUGGGCUUGGUAUGGCCUCUGCGUGCAGCCAAACAGGAGAUCAACCCAUAAGAUCCUGACUCCUUUCCUGCUGAGGAGGUUGAAAUCUGAUGUUACUCUGGAAAUUCCUCCAAAACGGGAGGUUGUGGUUUAUGCUCCUCUAAGCAAAAAACAGGAGUCCUUCUAUACAGCCAUCGUCAAUAAAACCAUCUCAACACUGCUGGGGCAAGAGUCCAAGCAGGAGAAACCCCAGCUAACCCCUACAGGUCGACCGAAACGUCGAAGCAGGAAGCUGGUGAAUUAUACAGAGGAUUAUGAUGAUGAUGAUUUGGAGAAGAUGAUUGCUGUAGUGCAGCAGAAUGCCCAUGAGCAGAGGCCUGUGCUGGAUGUGUUUAUCCCACAAGAUAAGGAAGUUCACCUGAAAUUGCAGAAUGUAUUGAUGCUCCUCCGAAAGUGUUGUAACCAUCCUUACUUAAUUGAGUACCCACUGGACCCCAAAACCCAGGAGUUUAAGGUAGAUGAAGAGUUGGUGAAAAGCUCAGGAAAAUUCCUCAUUUUGGACCGAAUGCUGCCAGAACUCAAGAGAAGAGGGCACAAGGUGCUGAUAUUUUCUCAAAUGACAUCCAUGCUGGACAUCCUAAUGGACUAUUGCUACCUGAGGGACUACAAGUACAGCCGGCUGGAUGGUUCCAUGUCUUAUGUAAUGCGUGAGGAAAAUAUCAACAAUUUCAACAGUGAUCCUGAAGUUUUCAUCUUUUUACUGAGCACCCGAGCUGGGGGUUUGGGCAUUAACCUGACAGCAGCAGACACUGUUGUUAUAUAUGAUAGUGACUGGAAUCCUCAGGCAGAUCUUCAGGCUCAGGAUCGUUGCCAUCGAAUUGGUCAGACUAAGCCAGUUGUAGUUUAUCGCCUGGUAACUGCUAAUACCAUCGAUGAGAAGAUUGUGGAGAAAGCCACAGCGAAAAGGCGACUUGAAAAGAUGGUUAUACAUAAAAAUAAGUUCAAAGGGGGCAAGUCAGGAUUGAACCAGUCCAGAAGCUGUCUAGAUUCUACAGAGCUGAUGGAAUUGCUGAAGUCUCGGGAUCAUGAAAGAGUGGUGAAGGGCUCCACUGACCAAGUGAUAAGUGAUACUGAGCUUCAGAUCUUGAUGGACCGCAGUGACCUUGGCAAACAAAAGAAAUUGGGAAUCAAAAAACAGACAGACAAAGUUUUCAAAGUACUUGAUAGUGAUGACCCGAAUGCAGGAAUCCAACUGUGUGGGCUGUGAGAGGUGGCUGGAGACAUCUCCUUAUUCAAGUGCAAGUUGCGGUUCCCUUGCCUGCUCUCCCCAGCAGGGAAUAGUUUGAAAGAAAGUCACUCCCGGAGUGCAGACUUAGGGUUAGUCUGCAGCUUUAAGGUUGUUGAUCUUACUUGUGUCCUGCUGUUAAGUGUUUUUUUUUUAAAAGUGGGACUUUUUUUGCAAGUAAUGGUGUGUUUUUUUAUUUUGCACAGUGGAUACAUGCAGAUGGAUUUUUUUUGUUUGACUUAAUGCUGCCUGGAUUCUAAAUGAUGAGCUUAAUUUGAGACAUUUAACCACUGGGCAAGUGGAAUAGGCAAAUAAAUAGUGUUUUUUUUACUUGCUUUUUUACUUAUUUGGUUUAGUUUUCACUCCUGUUGUGCUCUUAUCGCCUUUAAGAUAUUGCACAUCUGUGGUCUCGGCUGGAAGCAGGAAGCUGACAGCUUGCAGUUGGUCAGGAAUGCCAGACUGCCUUACUGUUGUAAUUAAUGCCAGGCACUUGCUUGUAGGCACCUGAUUCAAAAUUCAGUCUGGCAGUAUUCCACUGGAUGUUUUUAAAUUCUCAUGGCUUUCUGUCACCAUCAGAAGACAAUUUUUGGCACCAUUGUUUUAACCUUUGUUUUUAAAUAAAUCAGCACUGAGGUUGUGUUACUAGAUCUCGCUGUUGCCUCCCAGUCUGACAGAUGGUGAGAGAUUUCUCUCCCUUUUUUUCUUGAGGUUUUGUAUCAAAUAUACUGAUGGCAAUUCAUUAAAAUUCUUAGACAGCGGUCAGGUUUUUAUCGAAAUCCAGGUUAAUCAAUACUGUAUGAGGUUACGGGGUUGCCAAUGUAACGUGCUCAUUUCCACAAGAAUUCUAGCACCAUUUUAGCUAGAAUGUCAGGAGAGCAGACCUGAAGUGGAAAUCUAACCAAGCACUGUUCAGGCCACCUGCUUUUUUCACUUGCAAUAUGCAGUCACUUCUUUGAAUCUAGGACUGGGAGGAGGCCUGGCAUUGAACAUUACCUCCAAUGACAUGUAAGAACUUAAACGUGGCUGCUGGGAACAGUGUGGAUUUUCUUUUGCAUUAAUGCUUUUGGCAGCAGCAGUGUGAGAUGAGCAGAAGAAAUGGCUGGUUAAUUUUAAUUAUGAUGUAUGCCAGCUAAGAAAUGCGCCCCUUGAGAUUUUAGUUUCCUCGAGCAAGAGUCAUGCUGCUGUUUCUUUCUUAAAACCAUUUGCACACAAAGAUUAAACCAGGGCCUACAGAAAGUAUCAGGUGAUAAAGUUUGUAGGACCUGUAUUCUGCAGCUUUAAAUACAGCUUAGUCAAGACUUUCUGUAAACAGCUGCUUAGAGCACUACAAAUAGGAGACUGAUUCCUGCUUGUAAAGAAGACCAGAAUUCCUCGGCAUUUGUCAAGAGCAUGGAUCUUCUCCUUGCCGCAAACUUCAGUGCCUAAUGUAUGCGGAAUGCUGAUGUACAAACUGUAAAAAAAAAUCCAAAAAAAGGUUUUUUUAUUAGCAAUAAAAUUUUCAAGUCUGUCA